AUGUUUCGUUCUCUUCAGCUUUUAAACCUGCUAAAUACAACUGACAAGGCAUACGAUGAUUCAGAGCUUCGCGUAUGUUUCUUCUAUUUAGUGUUCGAGUUUUCUAGAGGUCCUAUUUAUAUAACGACUACGAUUCAUUGGUUAUUCCAGAAUGUAACCGAUUUGAGUUGCUGGGACAAAUGUAGAGAUUUUAAGCCAGCGGAAUUGCUCGAAACUGUCAACGGGCUUCAUUCAAAACAAGAGAAUCUAGCGACGAUCGUUAUCUUCAAGCCAAUUCGGAAAGCUACUUUCUAUGUAGUACAAUAUAGAGCACUAGGCGAUGCUGACUUUGCACCUCACCAAUUUGCGAUCACUUUACAACCUUUUAUCACAAAUUUUAUGGGACCUAAAUCAAUCUUCUGUAAAUCUACCGAAAUACGCGUGGCAGCUGUUUCACCCUCCGGAAUUGGACCUUUUUCCGAUAUUUUUACACUUGGUCCACCAUCUCCAGUAAUCAGUUGGAGAUUAGAACUAGAUAAGAUGGUUUAUCUAAAUACCCCUCUAUCCAAUGAUGGGUAUUUCGCCAACGGCACGGUCGAGAUUACUUUCAAAUAUAAAGCUGGAGCCUGGCCUUUGGGAAUCGAAGAUCUUGAUGUGAUACCAAUGUUUGAGCUAUUCAGAUGCGCAGUACCAAGCUUCCAAAGCGUACCUCAUCCCACCUUUGUCAGUUUUGGCCUUAGCGAGAAAGUAUAG